GCCGCGCCCCGCCGCCGCCAUGGGCUGCCUGGGGAACAGCAAGACCGAGGACCAGCGCAACGAGGAGAAGGCGCAGCGCGAGGCCAACAAGAAGAUCGAGAAGCAGCUGCAGAAGGACAAGCAGGUCUACCGCGCCACGCACCGCCUGCUGCUGCUGGGUGCCGGAGAAUCUGGUAAAAGCACCAUUGUGAAGCAGAUGAGGAUCCUGCAUGUUAAUGGGUUUAAUGGAGAGGGCGGCGGAGACGACGCGCAGGCUGCAAGGAGCAACAGCGAUGGUGAGAAGGCCACCAAAGUGCAGGACAUCAAAAACAACCUGAAAGAGGCCAUUGAAACCAUCGUGGCCGCCAUGAGCAGUCUGGUGCCGCCCGUGGAGCUGGCCAACCCCGAGAACCAGUUCCGCGUGGACUACAUCCUGAGCGUGAUGAACGUGCCUGACUUUGACUUCCCUCCCGAAUUCUACGAGCACGCCAAGGCUCUGUGGGAGGAUGAGGGCGUGCGCGCCUGCUACGAGCGCUCCAAUGAGUACCAGCUGAUCGACUGUGCUCAGUACUUCCUGGACAAGAUCGAUGUGAUCAAGCAGGCCGACUACGUGCCCAGCGACCAGGACCUGCUGCGCUGCCGCGUCCUGACCUCUGGAAUCUUCGAGACCAAGUUCCAGGUGGACAAAGUGAACUUCCACAUGUUCGAUGUGGGCGGCCAGCGCGAUGAGCGCCGCAAGUGGAUCCAGUGCUUCAAUGAUGUGACUGCCAUCAUCUUCGUGGUGGCCAGCAGCAGCUACAACAUGGUCAUCCGGGAGGACAACCAGACCAACCGGCUGCAGGAGGCACUGAACCUCUUCAAGAGCAUCUGGAACAACAGAUGGCUGCGCACCAUCUCCGUGAUUCUCUUCCUCAACAAGCAAGACCUGCUUGCUGAGAAGGUCCUCGCUGGAAAGUCGAAGAUCGAGGACUACUUUCCCGAGUUCGCUCGCUACACUACUCCUGAGGAUGCUACUCCUGAGCCCGGCGAGGAUCCACGCGUGACCCGGGCCAAGUACUUCAUCCGCGACGAAUUCCUGAGAAUCAGCACUGCCAGCGGAGACGGGCGCCACUACUGCUACCCGCACUUCACCUGCGCUGUGGACACCGAGAACAUCCGCCGCGUGUUCAACGACUGCCGCGACAUCAUCCAGCGCAUGCACCUGCGCCAGUACGAGCUGCUGUAAGAGGGGAACCCCAAAUUUAAAGAAGCCUUAAGCACAAUUAAGAGUGAAACGUACACGCAGUCGACCACCCACCAUAGGGCAUGGUUGACAACGCCAACCUUUCCGUCCCCCGAAGUGAUUUUGCGAAAACCCCCUCCUUCCCUCUCGCUUGCUUGAAUAUUCCAAAUUUAGUAAGCUUAAGGCGGCCUACAGAAAAAGAAAAAGAAAAAGAAAAAGGCCACAAAUGUUCCCUCUCUCUUUGAGUAAAAAUUUAAAUAAAAGCAGCAAACAGAAAUAAAAGAAAUAAAAGAAAUGAAGCAAAUGAAAUAAAUGAAACAAAUGAAAUGAAUAUUGUCUUGUGAAGCAUUAAAAAAUCAAAUAAAAAUUAAACGUGAGCAAAGA